AUGGCAGAAUUCCACAUUAUAGGGCAAAUACUAAGAGCUAUUGACUUUAACGAAUCGAACUCUUUGUUCUGUCGAUAUUCUGUUCAAUCUGGUCCUAAUUGGACUUUAAUUUCUGGACAUUGUGAAGGUCAAACAGUAUCGGGUAAAGAAAAUUUCACAAAUUGUGUCGAUUGGGUUCAUCCUAUAGACUUACAUUAUGUAUGUAAGGGUAUUAAAGGUUGGCCAAAGAUAAUUUUACAAGUAAGUUGCCUUGAUGCUAUAGGACGCUCGUGGAUUGUGGGUUACGGUUGUUGCACUAUACCUUCUACUCCUGGAUAUCAUACCAUAAAAGUUCCUUGCUGGGUUCCUGCUGCAACAACUGUGACUGAAAGAUUAAAGCAGUUUUUUAUAGGUGGAGCCCAUGAAUUAGCACAAACAGAUCUUAUUAAUUUAGGAAGUGACAGGUUCAAGCUGAUAACCCAGUCUAAAGGAGAUAUUGAAAUAAACAUAUGCAUUGUUUUGAGAAAUUUCAUACAGUUUGGGAUAGAAUAUAAGUAAAACAUGAAGCCAAUUA